AUGUCUGAAUUGCAAUCGCGCUUCGUUAAGCGCGGCCUUUGGGUCGAUCACUCCGAAGGCCCCAUUAUGGGAAGAACUAUCACCACGGACACCAAAACCGGGACAAUCCUCAUCGCACUUCUUGCGGUGCUAGCUUCGCUGGCAACGACUCACAUGUGGAACUUGGUCACGUUUUUCGUGCACCAAGUGCGCGCCGAUGGCUAUCCUGCCGACGCCCUCUUUCGCCAACAGCAAGCCCUCCUUCGCACAUUGCCUCCUCCUAGCACCCUCAUGGCUGAACACAUCAAGCUCUGGUGGUCCUGGAGGAAGAAGGCCGAUCACGUUGUGGCGCGAACUAUCCUCCACUGGCUGCUCGCGCUUCUGUUCACCAUAAGCACCCUAAUGGCUGGGAUAUUCUCAUCCUACAUCGUAACCAGCGAUUCGAUCAGUGUUCUGGUGGACAGCAACCGUUGUGGCUUCUUGAAUGUCCAGCCCAACGAAACCUGGGACGCUAUUGACCGUGGAUACCUUACUUCGAUCUAUCCCUUAAGCCAAAGAUUGGUGGAUGAAUGUUAUUUGGACACUAAUAAUGACUCGGCGCCAACUCAAUGCAACACGUUGGCGCAUCCUAACAUACCUCUGAUGCAAGAGCGGAUCGCGUGCCCAUUCCAUCCCUCUAUGUGCGUAGGCGAUACAUCGCAGCCAGCGGUGAGCCUUGACUCCGGGCUACUGGACCUGAACGACGCUUUCGGCCUCAACCUGCCAUCCAAAGACCAUAUCAAGUUCAGGAAGAGGACUUCUUGCGGAGUUCUACCCCUUGACGGGCGUGUAGCAAUUGUCAAUGCAACCGAUUAUCCAGCCUUCGCCGGCUUUCCAAAACCAGGUGAACAACUCCGACUCUUUCUCUACGGGAUGAUGGUAGGCCAAGAUCCAGACCAUUGGGCCAACGCGACGUUCUAUCAGAGCUUUGUGAAGGCCAACGUCUCCGAGGAGUACACGGUUCGAGAUAUGCUUAGUUUCUCUUCCCCUGAAAGAGCCGACUAUAGUGCCUUCGCACCCCUGCCCGAGAUGGCACUGGAGGAUGCCGAUAUUGGCCUCAUGUUCAUUGGCAAGAAUCAGGUUGCGUAUGAGGUUCCAGUUAAUGAUACGGUGUUUGCAGCUCACCAAAGACAAGAGCACGAUAGUUACGGGCUGCAGGAUAUAACGGUGGAGUACUUCUCUGACGACCCAGGCACCGUGCUGGGCUGCACGGAACAGUUUUGUAUCGCGGACGAUACAUGCACUACUCUUGGACCACUUCCGGGCGAUCACAUUCCCGCCUUCUCCAACGCGUCGGCAGUCCAAACAGCUGUACUGAGACACAUAAUCAACUCGUGCUUCUUGUGGGACAUCACAAAUGCAAUAGACGUCCGUGCAUCGGCUUAUAUCCGUGGUGGCGCCAUUCGCGAUGGACUUCCUGAUGACUGGUGGAUCAAUGAGGUUAUGGGCUGGACGAGCCAGGUCUGGGCCGGACUGCAAGUUCUCAUCCCAGACUACGCCAUAGGAGCAAAAUCCCGGGAUUCGAAUGCCGAUGAGUACGUAGUGUAUCCGCAGACGCAAGCCGAACGCGCUCUCUGCGGGAUGCAAAAAAUGCCGAAAGCCGGAGGCUUUGUAGGGGAAAGGAAUAUCAACGUCUUUGGCCUAGCGUUCAUAAUUACCUUCUCCGUCAUUGUCACGACUCUCGAUCUCUCAAUCCUCCGCUUCCUGAUCCACCUCUCUAAAUUCCGUCAAGCGCUUGCUCCUCGAAUCGAUCGCUGGAUUCAAGACGGCGUCUUACAGCUGCAGCGACGAGCUUAUGAAGCGCAUGGAGAAGGGACUUGGGCAGGUCUGAAGCAGGAGGUCCCUGUCACGGUGGGAAAAUUGAAAUUGGCGGAGCUGCCCGUAGAGUCG